UACUGUAGUUCAUUCCUCCUGGAAUGAACAUUCUCUUCACCCCUCCGCUCGCAUAAUGGUGCAUUCUCCGCACAGAGCUUGAAAGGGCGGGAGUUGAAAGGACGCAGUUCAGAUUUCUGAGGCAGGGGUGGUGAAGGAACCAAAGUUCGAUGGAGCAAGAAUUUCAAGGAGCUCCAGGGACACGCAUGCAACCAAUAACUCCUGUUCUCAUAUCAAGGAUCGUUGACCCAGUUCCCAAGUUCUUGCCCAUUACAGUGGGAAAGAGAGAAGGGAGCACGAGGAGGGGCUGCGCUGGAGAAAUUGCUGUUGGAAUGUCUCCUUAACCAAUGAAAAGUGGUAAAACUGAGGCAUUAGUCAUAUGACUAAAGAUGGCAUCCUAUUUAGCACAAGAAGUUCAACUUGCUAAAAGACAUGAAGAAAUACUGUCUCAGAGAAUGGUGUUGCUUCAGCAGAUGGAGAGUCAUCUAGGAGACAAAGAAGCUGAGAAGACAUGGCAAAUACAAGAAGCUGAUGCAGCUCGUAAAAGAAAUGUAGCACUUUUAAAUGAUAUAAAAACAGCAGGGAAAAACCUACAGUCGAGAGACCACUUACUUCUGCACCCUGACAUUGUUAACCUUGAGACUCUUUACUGGGCAAAAGUAGAAGACUCCAUCCCUAAGUGGGAGCCAUUUUUUUUAGGAAGAACGCAAGCCCCUAUUGGGGUUAGAAAAAGCAAGCCAACAAAGCAAAACACAGGUUCACCCCCAAGAGAUAAACGAAAAUAAGGUCUGUGGGAAGGAUUUGCUCAUUCUUCCAAAUGGUGGGUUAUUAAAUGGUUCUUUAAAUUUUUGUUGGAUAAGCUACAUGAAUUCUGAAUCGACAAUGAAGACUUCUCCCUCAUCAGCCUGUUUAUCUACAGGAGAGUGACCUUUGUAUCAAACAUGGAAGACAUCAGACAUCAAAAUGAAAACUCAGCCAUUCAACUGUUUAGUCAAGAUGAGCAAAUAUGGAAUCUUAUCCUUCACUUUUAUGAAGGAGAAGCAUCUUUUCCCAAUAAAAGUGGAAGCACAUGCCAAUCCGACUGCCCCAUGAGAAGAUUUGUUUCAUGAGUAAGGCAUGCAUUUCCCAUAAUUUCGGCAAGCUGGAUUUAGCUGGUGGCUGGGGACUUAAACAGAACCCUGAGUGACAGAGGCUGAAGAAGAAACCCAAGGAAUUUUAACAUUCCCACAUAAUUUAGCCAUGCCCACCUCCCCAGUCAUGUUUGGUCUAUAGGCAUAUCUUAUGUGGCUAAAUAUUGCUCCGCUCUCAUACUGUAUUUCAGUUUGGAUCCAGCUGAUGUAACAGGAUUUAACCACGGGAUUUUAGAAUUUUCCAGCACUGAACUCAGCUUUGUGUUUGAGAUAGAAGUAUAUAGCAAUAGAAGGCCAUAUUAAACUAUAUUUUAUGUUGACAUAUUUUGUCGACUUAAAAUUGUUGAAUAAACGCAUCUAUAAUUUUUCAUACCUUGAUCUUAAUAGUAAAGUAACCCCUCAUUUUGUAUUAUUCAGCA